AUGAAACUUUCCAACUGUUCCAGCAACGGCAAGGAAAGAUGGUUCUAUGCUAGGCACUGCGCUACUUGGAUCCGCGUUGAGUCGCAGCAAGCCGCCGUUAAGGAUACCAACACCGGAAAGCCUUUAGGUCGAGCCCAUGAGAGGUAUGACGAAGAGGUGAGAUACGUGAAGGAGAAUCUACCUUUAGAUCGACACGCCAUUGUCCACGGAGACUUCAAAUUUGACAACUUGAUCCAUCGUCCGGAUGAGCCAAGAGUCAUCGCGAUCCUCGAUUGGGAACUUUCCAUCAUUGGCCAUCCACUAAUGGACCUCGUCUUCUGCAUCAGUCCAUUCUUCACAGACUACACCAAGAGUAGAAAAUUAUCUCUUUCGUUCAAGGAUUCCCCAUGCAAGCCAGAUAAUCGAGCAAAGUCGGGUAUUCCUGAGCCAAACGAACUUCUGGCCCGCUAUGCAGAAAUCGUGGAAUUCGACAUGUGA